AUGGCUACCAUCCCUGGGGCUGAAGUUGCUCAGCAUAACACAAUAGAGUCCUGCUGGAUUGUGAUACAUGGUGCUGUGUGGGAUGUUACUGACUUCUUAAGCGAGCACCCUGGUGGUAGGGCUCUCAUUCUGAAAUCUGCUGGAGAAGACGCGACUACCUCCUACGACGAGGUCCAUGAACCAGAUUUAGUCACGAGGAUAUUAUCACCAGAAGCUUGUCUCGGCAUUGUGGAUGCCACCACACUUCCCCAGGAGGCGUCCAAGGCCCCAAAACAAGGACCAACCAAGUACCCCCCGCUAAAUACUGUGGUCAGCGUUGCCGAUUUUGAAAAGAUUGCCCAGUCCUUCUUGACGCCGACAGGCUGGGCUUAUUAUUCUUCUGGCGCCGACGAUGAAUACAGCAUUGAUGAUGCAUUCCGCAGUUUUCGCCAGAUCCUCCUUCGUCCCCGUGUGCUUCGUCAGGUCGAGCCGGUCUCCACUGGAACCACUAUCCUCGGCUGCCCUGUCUCUCUACCCGUCUACUUCAGUCCAACAGGUAUUGGGAGAUAUGCUCACCGCGACGCAGAGUGCAUCAUGGCCGCCGUGGCUGGUAAAGAGAGGCUGAUCUACUGUAUGCCCACGAGCGCGUCUUGGGAGUCGGUGUGCAACGCGCGCUCAGCACAAGACCAACCACUAUUCUUCCAAUUGUACACAGGCCGCGAUAGAGAGCAUACUAAAUCCGUACUGCGCUCAGUGAAAAACCUUGGGGUUGCUGCGAUCUUCCUCACUGUUGAUUCCCCCGUUCUUGGCAAACGGGAGCGUGAUGAUCGUGUUCGAGCCGCGGAUGGUGAGGACACAGUUACUGCAUCUGCAGGAGGUGUUGCAAAAGCUACUUCAAAAGGUUUGCUCAAUCCUUUGUUGUCUUGGGAUGACAUUGGAUGGAUCAGAGAUGCCACAGGACUCCCGCUUGUACUCAAGGGCGUCCAGACGGUGGAGGACGUGGUCCUUGCACACCUCCACGGGCUAGAUGGCGUUGUACUCUCCAACCACGGGGGUCGCUCACAGGACACGGCGCAGCCUCCAAUGACAACACUGCUGGAGAUACGUCGAUAUGCUCCGCAUUUGCUCUCUCCAAGCAUUCGCCCCAAAUUCCAGGUAUUUAUAGACGGCGGCGUUCGUCGUGGGACAGAUGUCAUCAAGGCCUUGGCUUUAGGUGCUACGGCAGUGGGUAUUGGACGCCCAGUGCUCUACUCUAUGUGCGUGGGGUAUGGGGAUAAAGGUUUACAUAGAUUGGUCCAGAUCCUGCGAGCGGAGGUAGAAACAAAUAUGGCGUUGGUGGGGGCUACGAAUGUGAAGGAGCUGGUGCCGGAAAUGGUGAAUACCGAGAGGGCAGAGGCUGGUGUGUCGCGACGAGUGAAGCUGUGA